GAUGCUUCUCGCCGUGUCAGUGCUUCACAGGGGCGACGCACGGAGCCGCACAACGCUGCUUUUUUACGAGUUCGACGCCGCUAAAAGUUGACACGUUCAAGCAUGCAGUACGAAUCGGGAAUAGUUCCCGACUUUGAUGAUGGAGAGGACUUACAAGAGGAACCCAAAACCUAUUACGAGCUGAAGAGUCAACCCUUAAAAAGCAGCAGUCCGUCGGAGCAGCGUGGCUCCUCCAAGCCUCCGCUCAGCUCCUCGGCCACGACCUCGCGCAUCUUGCUGCGACAACAGCUGAUGCGGGAGCAGCUCCAGGAGCAGGAGCGGCGGGAGCAGCGGAGGCAGCAGGCCUCUCAGUACCCACAAACCACAGCUGCACAGACCCCCGCCAUCAAUGUCACCGUCCCCGCCCCGCCCGCUGCACAGGUACCCAUGGAGGUGCUGAAGGUGCAGACUCACCUGGAGAACCCGACUAAGUAUCACAUCCAGCGCUCGCAGCAGCAGCAGGUCAAGCAGUACCUGGGAAAACUUGGCUCGCAGGUGUUGAGCUUGCCCUGUCCCAACCAGUGCUCGGACCACGGGGGCAUGCCGCCAGGGCCGGGCAACAGCGCCCCCAACAGCCCUAUGGCCUUACUCACCCUGAACUCUAACUGCGAGAAAGAGAUGGAUGAUGUCAUCGACGACAUUAUUAGUCUGGAGUCCAGUUACAGUGAUGAUAUCCUUGGCCUGAUGGACCCCGGACUUCAGAUGGCCAACACGAUCCCGGUGCCAGGCAACCUCAUGGACAUGUAUGGAAACCAGGGUAUGUCCCAGCAAGGUCUGCCUAUCAACAACUCCUGUCCUGCCAACCUGCCAAACAUCAAAAGGGAAUACUCAGUGUCACAUGCGCCGGCUAUCAUGCACAUGCUGGAUAAGUCUGCAACAUGUGGGAAAUUUGAAAACUAUCAGAGGCCUGAAGGGUUUCCUGUUGUAGAGGUAAGAGCUCUGGCAAAGGAAAGACAGAAAAAGGACAACCACAACUUGAUUGAGAGAAGACGACGGUUUAACAUCAAUGAUCGAAUUAAGGAACUGGGAACUUUAAUUCCAAAGUCAAAUGACCCAGACAUGCGCUGGAACAAGGGCACCAUCCUCAAGGCGUCUGUGGACUACAUCAGGAAGCUGCAGCGGGAGCAACAAAGGGCCAAAGAACUGGAGAGCCGUCAGAGGAAGCUUGAAAAUGCCAAUCGGCAUCUUAUGCUAAGGAUACAGGAGUUAGAGAUGCAGGCACGAGCUCACGGCCUGGUGGUCACGUCCUCCACGCUGUGCUCCGCCGACCUCGGGGGCCGCAGCAUCAAGCAGGAGCCCGCUCUGGAGGACUGUCACCCGGAUUUGUACACACUCCGCCCCCGCCUGCAUCACCCGCACCACCCAGACUGCAACCCCGAGGCCCCCGGCACCCUGGACCUCGACGAGGGUCACCCCGAUUUCUCCGACGGCCACUACGGCGUUCACUGCAAGCCGGCCUCCAAACUGAACGACAUCCUCAUGGAAGACAACAUGUCGCCGGUGCGAGGCGGCGACCCGCUGCUCUCGUCGGUCUCCCCGGACGCCUCUAAGGACAGCAGUCGUAAAAGCAGCGUCAGCAUGGAUGAGAACGAUCAAGGCUGUUAGCGCCCUCUACUGGCUGUGGUCUGUGUUUACCUUUUCAAUCUCCUGUGACUUUUUUCCAAGCUUGAGUUCAAGGAUUGAUUUUAAGGCUCUGUUUGCUUUAUCAAACCUUUGAAGACAAGAAGUUACAUACUGUAUGUAGAGUUUUAUAUGCAAAAGAAAAUAGAGGCUAGAUGAUGUCGAUGAUUCCAAAGGGGAAGUGUUAAAUUGUCGUGUCGAGAAAACAUUUUUGAAAUCGCUAGCAAUAAUAGAAGAAAUAUCAGUUAAUUCGUGCUUUACACUCCUGGUGUCUUAGAACUUGAAGGUGCAGAUAGAGAGAUGCCUUAUAGACACUUUUCAAUCAGUCAAAGUGUAUUUAUAUAGCCCUAACAUGCUCAGUGGCCUUGUGGUUAGAGUGUCCGCCCUGAGAUCGGUAGGUCGUGAGUUCAAGCCCCAGCCGAGUCAUACCAAAGACUAUAAAAAUGGGACCCAUUACCUCCCUGCUUGGCACUCAGCAUCAAGGGUUGGACAUGGGGGUUAAAUUACCAAAAUGAUUCUCGGGCGUGGCCACCGCUGCUGCUCACUGCUCCCCUCACCUCCCAGGGGGUGAUGAAGGGUGAUGGGUCAAAUGCAGAGGAUAAUUUCACCACACCUAGUGUGUGUGUGUGACAAUCAUUGGUACUUUUUUUUAAUCACAAGUGUCUCAAAGGGCUGCACAAGCCACAACAACAGAUCCACUUUUGUAUCACCAUGCACACGCUGUGGUUGUUGGCCGUCUUCCAAUGGAAACUUCUUCAUGGACAAAUAUCAGUCACUUAUGUAUGUAUUGCAACAAACAAAACAACCUUAUUUAUAUAAAUAUAAGCUCCCCGAUGAAAGCAGUUUUAUUACAGUAGGGAAGGGAUUCAUAUGGCCCCCUACCUGGGUGGAUCUCACGUGAGAGGAAGAGCGAGGGUAAUCAUUUUCAAUCAAAGUUCAUUUAUAUAGCCCUAAACCAUGAGUGUCUCAAAGGGCUGCACGAGCCACAACGGCAUCCUCGGCUCAGAUUCCACAUCAGGGCAAGAAAAAACUCAACCCAAUGUAAUUACAAUGAGAAACCUUGGAGGGGAACACAGAUGUGGGGAUCCCCCGUACACCCUGGGCGACUGGUGCAAUGGACGUCGAGUGGAUCUAGUUCAUAGUGUGAGAGUCCAGUCCAUAGUGGGGCCAGCCGGAGAUCGUCUUGGGUGGAGAUAAUUCAGCAGCGCAGAGACGUCCUCAACUGAUGCACAGAUGAGUGGUCCAUCCCGGGUCCCGACUUUGACUUUCAUCUGUGGUCACCUAAUCGGUGCCCACCCUCUCCACGAAGGAAAGAGGGGCAGAACAGAAAAGAGACGGCAGAUCAACUGGUCUAAAAGGGGGGUCUAUUUAAAGGCUAGAGUACACUUGUGAUUUAGGGCUAUAUAAAUAAACAUUGAUUGAAACAUUGAGAGUAUACAAAUGCAAUGCAGUCUGCUGAAAAUGAUGAAAAGCGGCACUCUACAUUGCAACUGAGGCUGUGGUCAAAGUUGGAAUUGCCACAAAACACAUUUGACGAUAAUCGACACUCUACUGCCACCUGGCGGGCUAAAGUGAGUGGAGCACCCCUCCAAUUUGUCACGGUUCAUGUGUUAAGUAAACCGUGACGAAUGGAGCCAUAGGAGUCCCCUUCCUUCUGUACGUGUCGUAGCAAAACACUCCAAAUGUUUCCUGAGCAGCGCACAUCCAGAUCAAUACGAGGAAACGGUGAAUGGAUCAAGACAGAAGGAAUAGCAAUGAUGAAGAUUAGUUGAAAGUCUUGUGUGGGAUAUCACAUACAAAAACACAUUCAUGGUGCAGAGGGGGUCACCUUAUUAUGAGGAUGUUGGCUUUUCCUUUUAAAAUCAAUAUCAAAUCACUCUAGUAGUUUCACUUUGUCAUAAAACGUAGUUCAAGUGUGUAAUUAGUCUGUCCAACCUGACUGCACAGCAGGCUUUGCAGCUUAGGACAGUCCCCAGUUUGUUACAAUAGUAUCCAAAAUGCGUGUCCAAAAUGUAGCCCGGGGGUCAAUUGUGGCUCGCAGCUUGAGUUUGGUUGGCCCGCAGAAUAUUGUAGAGAUAAAAUCCAAUGAAAAACAACAGUGAAGAGGUCAGAAAAACCAUGACCAUGUCAUGAGAAAAAAGAUGACAUUUUCAAACUAAUAGUUGAUUAUGAUAGGCUUUGUCACCGACAACACAGAGCUGAUGCAAAGUUUUGUCCGUUUUCUAGCACUUUUUUCCAAAACAAAAGAAAAUGUUGAAAUGACCCCCGCAUGCUCUAACUGUCGGUAUGCAGCCUUUGGUUCAAAAAGCAAGACACAUUUGUUCAGUACAAAAAUGUACCUUUUUCAAGAAAUCACUUGAGGAUCAACAACAUUGCUAAGAACGGGUUUUCUAAGUGCGACACAGUAAGAAAAGUCUGCUACUGGAUCAUAUAUUGUGCUCUCUUCCAUUUAUCCAUCCAUUAUCUAACGCUUGUACCUUUUUGGGUCGCGGGGCGAGGUGUUUGGGGGCUGGAGCCUAUCCCAGCUGCACUCGGGCAGAAGGCAAGGUACACCCUGGACAAGUCCAUAUAUCAUUUAUUGAACUCUUUCAUGGUAGGAACACAAAAACAAUCAGUUUAGCUUUUUUUUAACACUCAUUAGGUUGACUGAAAAAAAAGGUAUUUUCUUCAUUUUUUACAAGCUGCUGGUGCACUUGAGUGCCGCUACAUUGCCCCCCCCCCCCCCCCCCCCCCCCCCCAGACUCAGAGCGUGUUUGAUAGUAAUAUAUGACAAUCAUGGCUGUGCAAGUUUGAGAAAUGCUGCUGCACAGCAAGACCAUUUAUGCAUUCAUGACCCCACAGAGUCGCCAAUUUAUUUUCUCUGCUUAACCCUCUUUAAUUAUCUUCAAAGCCAAACAGGACAUAAAAUCCAUUUUGGAUGCAUAUGUAAAUAUAUAUAUAUUCUAUUCCUCAAAUUUGUCAAUCAAAUUCAGUCCUAAACAAAAAUAUAAAAACAUUUUUCUGGGGCCCUUUUGAAGACCUUUUGAUGAGACAAAAUAACUCAUGUCAUUUGAUCUAAAGGCCUUCAAAGGGUUAAAAUAAAUAACAUUACAUGUUUGGUAUUUUUGUUUAGAGCUGAGGUUUUUUGAGAGAUUUGCGCAAAACGAGUAGGAAUCCAAAAUGUUUUAUGCCCCUUUGAAAUAUGAAGGGUUUUAAAGAAUUUUUAAAAGUCAGCAUAGAAAAUAGGAAACCUCAUGUCUAGUGGAGUGACACCACACAAAUGAUGGUCAAAAGUAAAGAAAAAUAAAUACUGAAAGGACAAAAAGUCAGCUUUAGUCCUCCGGGAGCUACAAUUGUCAAAACGUUUUUUUUUUUUUUACAAACCAGAAAGAAAGUGGUUUAAUGGCUGUGUGCUGGGGAGAAAAGUAUUGUAGCUACGAAUCCAGCAGAGGGCGCUGUCUCACAAGUCAAUUCUCCCAACAUUUUCUAGCAGGAAGAUGUUUUUCCAAGACUUGAUAGCUGCACGUUUUCUUAGUACAAUUUUGUAAUUGUCUCUUAAUAUGUAAAACUAAAUUAAACGAUAAUCUCAAAUAUGUGUUUUUAGGGCUAUUUAUAUCCAUUGAUAUUAUUUUUUGGGCCGUUAUUCGCUAUUUGCGUAUCCUCGGUCUUACACUGUCAAACUCUAUAAAAGCAAGUCCUCAACUUCUAUUUAUGACAUCAAAAUGUUUUCUAACAGCACAUUGUCACUGUUAGACUGACUCGCUCCGUUAUGCGAACGUUAUUUUAUGAAGGAGUAUAAAGAGACUGUUUGGAUUUUGAUGCAUUAAAAAAAAAAAAAAAAAAGAAACACUGCAGUAAAGUAUGUAAAUCAAAUCCUAAUUUGUUUUUACUAUUUUUUUGGUAACUCUUUAGUAUGGGGAACAUAUUCACCAUUAAUUAGUUGCUUAUUAAAGUAACAAAGACUUAAUUUAGAGUUAUUUGGACACUAGGAGAACAUAUAAGGGUUAGGGUUACUAAUAAGCAAUAAUUCUGAGGUUAUUGAGGGAAGACUCUUAGUUAAUGGCUUACUGGUUGUAUAAUAAGGCCAUGCAGAAUAAGGCAUUAAUAAGUACUUAAUAAUGACUUAUUAAAAGCCAAUAUGUUACUAAUGUGCAUGUUAAUAAGCAACUAAUUAAUGGUCCCCCAUACUAAAGUGUUACUUUUUUUUUAUCCAUCCAUUGAACAUUACUGUAUUUGGCUUUUCCAACAUACACAAUAUUUGUACAGUACUCAGCAGUGUAAUGAAUGUUGUGUGUUUACUUUAACAUAAACGUACGUUUUGCAGCUCAGCCUACCAUGUUGGUCUGCAACGUGCUUUUCCAAGUGGAUCUUUUUGCAAUGAUGGAAGUGCCUUUGGUUGUUUCUGGUACACUACUAAAGUGUACACUGACAUUUUGUUACAGGUUUUUACUGGUGUUUAGCGAAGAAUGUCAAGCUGCUUCAGAAAACUUUUGCAAAAGGUCAAACUAUGGCUCUUAUUUUUUUCUAUUUUAUCAGUACGUGUCCUUGAUAAACCAAUGAUGAAUAAUAAUGGACUAAUAUAAUGUACAAACUCUGAAAAAUAGGUUUUAGAAGAACAACUGUUAAUUUAUCACUAAUUAAAACUUUAGCUAUUUUUUGUUUAAUGUAUAUUUUUUUACAUAUUUUUUUUGGAUAAAACAUUUUUGUAUUGUGUUCUUCCCCCUCAUGUUAAUGUCUCAAUUCUCCCUGGUAACAAAGUCAAAUAUUCCAAGUUUCCACUAUACAGUUCAUCUUAUUUUCCAUUGUAUGUUAUUUAUUUAUUCAGUAUUGAAUGUGUUUAUAAUCCCAAAUGCGUACCACUAUUAAGGCACAUACUGUAUGUUGGCCUGAAUGUAUCAUUCAAACAGAUGACUGCCAAAAUGUGCCGACAUUUUCUGUAGCGGACUAUUUUAUUAGUUUAUCAGGACAAAUGAUAGUAAUAAAAGUGAAGGACUUGAACAGAAUUGGACAUGUAGUUGUUCCGGUCUUAUAGCAUCUACUGUAUUCUUCCUGCAUGAUGACUUCUUUAGCACCAAAACAUGUCUCCAUAAAUCUGACAGUUACGACGUCGAGGACUAAAUGAAGUGAAAGUGUGUUAAAAACAAACUCUUGGACUGAAACUGCUUUUUUUUUUUUUUUUUUUACAUGAAGCAUUUUGUCAUUGUGUAUGUCACAUUAUGAUGUGAAAUAAAAAGUCAAGGGUGUGUUUGUUUUAGUUGUGGACAUACUUUACCUCACACACUUGACUGUCAACUCAACUCCCUGUGGAUUAACAUUAAA